AUGUCUACUGCCGUUCCUGAGAUUCUCUGGGCUCAGCGCAGCUCGCCAUCGGAGCCUGAAAAGAAUGUGAUUAUGCUCACAAUCAACGUCCCUAACAUGAAAUCUGAGGCAACGAAAUGCGAUCUGACUGACAACGCUCUGCACUUCGAGUCCACGAUUGAAGCAGAUGCGAGUAAGGGUAUUCCCGGUAACAAAUACGUGUUCGACAUUGACUUCUUCGAGGAGAUUGUUCCUGCUGAGUCGAAGCAGCAUCUGACGGCCAAGAACCUUUACCUCCUGAUUCGCAAGAAGAACGCCCAGGAGGAAUAUUGGCCGCGUCUGACGAAGGAGAAGGUCCGCCUGCACAACGUAAAGACCGAUUUCGACAAGUGGGUGGACGAAGAUGAGCAGGCCGAAAAGCCGGACGACGACUUUGGCAUGGGCGGCUUUGAUCCAUCAAUGCUGAGCGCCAUGGGCGGUGGCGCCGGAGGUAUGGGUGGCAUGGACCUUCAGUCUAUGAUGUCACAGAUGGGCGGUGCAGGCGCGCCUGACUUUGACGACGAGGACGAGGAGGAUGGUGCCGAGGCUGAAGCUGAGGCUAAGGCAUAA